AUGCUAUCUGUCGGCAAAUUCGUAUCACUAGUUCAGCAGAAGAAACAGCAGUGGGCUCAGGAGAGAGAAGAGAUGUCACAUCUUUACCUUCCUUGGGGCUCGGGAGAGCGGUACACUAAUCGUUUGCAAAUACGGAAUCAAUUCGCGAGUUCCCUGGACCUACACAAACAGUCAUCAUACGAGUACCAAGAGCCGAUCCAUCGACAAAGAAGCCCCAGUCUACCACCGAUCCAUAAUGUCCAAGUUAAAAAACUAGAUGAAGCCAAAACAAAGGAUACGAUAAAUCGUAAUGUAUCCGCUGCAAAGAGAUUUGCGUUUUACGACGAUGACGCGGAAGGUGAUACCUCUGGUUACGGAAGUGAAACUAUCAACCAGCAUAACUUGAACCAGUGUGGAACAUUCUAUGACAUGGGGAAUAACAACCCUGUGGUGGCCUGGCAGCAACUUGGAAACGAAAACAGGAAACCUUCAAGUGGUCGGUCUGGUAUGACGGACGGGGCUUUGUCGGCUCGGAGUACGUCCGGCGUGGAUGAGGGAAGACCUCGCUGGGGUGACAGGGGGGUCGCCACGGGACGACUGUGGGAACCAACAGCCCCCACAGCUAGACUACCACAGAUGCCGAAUCAAAAGAAAGGAACUCCAUCAUGGUUGGAGCGUGGCCUUAAUAUGAUUGAGAGAGCAUCUGAUGUAAUUAUUGUCGACCAAAGCUCUACAAAUUCAGGUUUAGACUGUGAUCGAUCUUCUUUGCAUGGAAGUGAUGAAGGAAGAUCGUUUCUCAGAGGACAAAAUGUACCGAUAGAACCAGAAAUAAAAGCUCAAAGAGAAAGCAAACGUAUGAAAGCACUUGAACUACAAUCCGCAAUAUUAAAUCAACUCGAAGAACGGGAAAAACAACGCCAGGAAGAGAGGGAGAGAAAAAUAAAAGAAGAGCGAUUAGAGGAGCUAAGAAUACAAAGACAACAAGAAGAAGAUAAGUUGAGAUUAGAAGCAGAAAAUAAGCGAAAUAUAGAAAAGCAGCUUCAGGAACAACGUAAAUUGGAAACGCUUAAAAAGGCCCUCGAAGAUGCUGAAAUAAAGGCGAGGCAAGAGAAAGAAAAAAGAUUCAACUAUCAUAGAAAAAUGGCGUGUUUAAAUAAUUCAAAUGAAAAGAAUGAUCCAAGUGAUAAAGAGAACGAAUCACUUCCACCAGAAGAAUUACCGAGUCCGACUAAGUCGUGCAGUCCAACAAAAACACACAGAACUUACAACGUUCAAUCAACAACUAGCGAAAAAAAGGAAAAUAAUUCUCAACAAACUUCAACAUUCAACUCUCCCAGGUCACUAACAGCGAGCAAUUUGAAUUUAUUUAUCCACAACAUCGCCCCUUUAUCUUUAACAGAAAAUCAAUUUAAUAUUGUGCCAAUCGGAAUCACUAAUCCUGCCGAUAUCGUUAAUUGCCAAACAAACAAUAUACAACUAGCCGUUUUAGUACCUCAAAAUAAAAAUAUUUGUACCAUGUCAUUAUUAAAUUCAACGCACGUCGGUGAUAUGGGUGAAAUUGAAAAGAUUCUUACGCCUAGGAAAUAUCGAACACUUAGAACGAGAGACGCCUAUACUCAGACUGAUCCAUACAAGUUGUGCUCCUCUACCGUUGGUAAAGAUAAUGACGAAAAAGAAAGAAGUAUAGACAAAGAUUAUCCUAAUAUAGAUGAAAAUGCUCCUCAAGAAUCACACCGCAUUUCCACCAAAAAAGAAAGACGUCUAAGGUCAGAAGAAAGGUUUAAAAAAGAUAUAGAAAGCCGUCCAAAGUGGGGAGCUAAUAAACCUAUAGCGCAAUACAAAAAACAAAGCGAGAAGGAUCCGUUCUACAUACAAAAAAGAAAAGUUCGACAUUAUUCAUCACAUUCAAGUGAAGACAGCCGAUCACCGAGCCCGCAAACAAGAAGUGAUAAAACAUUACCUGUCAGCCUGAAACAACGUAAUUCAUUGAGUCAAUCGCAUUGGAAAAACAAACGCGUUAAUCAAGACCUCUCAGUGACAGCUUACAAAGUCUCAAAUAAAGGAAUUCCCGAAUUUACAUCCUUAAGUCAGAUAACAGGAAACGAAAAAACCGUUACGAAGGAAUCCUCUCAAACGAAUUCCUUAAAAAGACUUACUUUGUCCCAAAAAUUUAUUAACGAUAAGUAUGGAAGUAGAAAAAUGUCGUUCGAUGACGUAAACGACAGAACUACAAGGUGUAGCUUAAGCGAUUUGGAUAACCCGAAAAGAGAUAAUGAUAAGUUAUUUUUUAAAACAAAUGUUUCACCUAAAGAUCAACCUGAUAUUUAUAAAUCGAAAAUAAGAUUGUGA